UCCAAACGAAUAUAAGCUAUAAUACUUAAUUUAUUUGUUUCUUUUUUACAUAGAGAGAGAGAGUGAGAGAGGGAGAGAGAUUUUCCCGAGAAAGUUUCUCGUUUUCCAUGAAAGUUCUGGUCCUUUUUAACCGCUUUUCCGUUCCCUUAUGUAACACCACCUCCCUUUUACUCGUCUCAAACCCGAAUGCUGUCUCAGCCAACGUCCCUUGCCACACAAGUGUGCAAACCUUUCCAUCGAUUCUCUCAAUAUCCGAACAGCAAAACAAAUCGAUGGCCGCUUGUAUUGGGGCUCCGAGAACUGCCAUAACGGAACCCAAGCCACUUUCCCGGGACCCAAAUAGGUCUAAAUACGACGACAACAAAUACAACUACGUGGAAUUUUGCCGACCCAGUUUCCCUUCGCACUUUUCUUACAAACCCAUUUGCCCCGAUCGCUCAAAAAGCAUACACACGGAUGCAAACGGGGAUGAGGCCGAUCAAGACGAAGACUACGGUGCUGAUCUAUGGGUGAAAAUGCAAGACGAAGCUCGGUUCGAUGUGGAACAGGAACCCAUAUUGUCAAAUUACUACUACGACUCGAUAUUGUCGCAUGAUUCAUUGGAAAGGGCGUUGGCCAACCAUCUUUCGACGAAACUGAGCAAUUCGGGCCUUCCCACCGGAACCCUGUACGAUAUUUUUGUCGGGGUGCUUGUGGGGGAUAACGAAAUCAUGGGGGCUGUGAAGGAUGAUCUGAGAGCAGUGAAAGAGAGAGACCCUGCUUGUAUAAGCUACGUGCAUUGCUUCUUGAAUUUCAAAGGGUUUCUUGCGUGCCAGGCACAUAGGGUAGCGCACAAGUUGUGGUCACAAGGCAGGAAGGUUUUGGCACUGUUGAUUCAAAACAGGGUGUCCGAGGUUUUUGCGGUGGAUAUCCAUCCAGGAGCAAGGAUCGGACGCGGAAUAUUGCUCGACCACGCCACCGGUGUCGUGGUUGGGGAGACGGCGGUGAUUGGGAACAAUGUGUCGAUUUUGCACAACGUGACUUUGGGAGGGACCGGGAAGAUGUCUGGGGACAGGCACCCAAAGAUCGGUGAUGGGGUGUUGAUAGGGGCUGGGACUUGUAUUUUGGGGAAUAUUUGGAUUGGGGAUGGGGCUAAGAUUGGGGCUGGUUCAGUUGUGCUAAAGGACGUGCCACCAAGGACAACUGCAGUUGGGAACCCUGCUAGGUUGGUUGGAGGGAAGAACAACCCACUUAAACUUGAUAAGAUUCCUAGUUUUACCAUGGACCAUACUUCACAUAUAACAGAGUGGUCUGACUAUGUUAUUUAGAGACUUACCAAUAUUUACUUGCGUUGCGUCAGUACUUCGAUUCGUUUCUUAGAAAUGGGGCUUCUUUCUUUGUGUCACAAGUGAGAACCAAAGUUCUCCUAUUCGCAAACAGGGUGAAUUAAAGCUAAUAUGUGUAUCGAUAAGUAGCUUUUUGUGUUUGUAAUAUUAUGAGCUGCAAUAUAAUCUGUUUUGUUCUUUUCA